CGAGAGUUUGCCUCCAUUGGGAGCCGACAGCUCGGAUUUCAUGACGACCAAAUUCGAAGCGUUUGGAAACAACAGUCGCCACAACAAACCACACAAAAACUCGCCCUCAACGCUCAAGUGUUUCCAAUACACUGGUCAAGCAACACACGAAACAACAGACCACAAUGUCACCAACAAGAACACUCACCCUCCUUACCCGCAACCUCCUCGUCCGACCUUUAACCACAACCCGGCCCGCCACCCGUCCGUCACCAACAACCCUCCGCACAACCGCCCGCGCCUCAUCAACGUUCAACCCCGGCCCGUCUCCGCCCCGACUACCCGCCGAGCAGCAAGCAGAGUUUGAGCGCCUGCAGCGCGAAGCCUCGGUCGCCGACUUCGCCUCCACUCCCGCCGCCGCCGAAGCGCCGCGGCCGGUCAAGGUCGAGGACGCGGCGACCAACAACGGCGAAGCGGCUGCGACGUCGGGCGGCAUCCGGAAGGGCGCGCCGCCCGAGUUCGAGGGCGAGGUCAACCCCAAGACGGGCGAGGUCGGAGGGCCCAAGAACGAACCGCUGAGGUGGGGCGCCGCUGGGGAUUACAGCUUUAACGGGCGCGUCACGGACUUUUGAAGUCCCUGUGCGCAUUUUCGAUUAGGGAUUGCGUUGAAAGGAGACGGCCAGGCACAUGAGCAGAUUUUAGCAAGGGAUAGAAUGGGGCCCCUUGACGGUGUACUGUCAGACCAGGAGGUUUGUCCCGGGCAAGCCGUGUAGGAUUAAGCAAUAUAGACAUGGCGAGAUAUGGGGCCCAUGACGAUCUUUAAUGGGGUGGGAAGCUGUACGAACAAUGCCUGUAUUACGCAAACACAUCAGAGUUGACGGUUGUUUGGAUCGCCAAGAAGGGUAUAUAAUUCAGUCUAAUCGUAUGAGAAGACAUAAACUACAAGACUAUGAUAAUCUAAAAAAAAGGU